AUGAGUGGCGCCGUUGACUUCCUCGACCUGUACGAUACGGCAGUGUCAUCAGAUGUCCAGAUCCGCAUCACAGUGCCUGCUGCUGAGGACGACGCGCCGCCGGCGAAGCGGCAGCAGCUAGACCAGAAAGAGGGCCAACAGAAGGACAGGGAGGAGCGCCGCACUGUCAAAGUGAUCAGCGGCCACACAAUCAUCCUACAAAAGGCCAGCGACUGGGCCAAGUGCAAGCUGGGGCUGGAAUGGCGCAAGGACACGCCCGGCAUGCUGGAUGUCGAGGUGGAGUGCGAGGGCGAGGUGGAAGCUGCCGAGGUGCUGCUCAAGACCUUCUACAGCACUGUGGAUGCAGCCAGGCCACUCCAGGGCGCCAGCCACGCCACCCUGCUGCAGGUGCUGCUGCUGGCUGACCGCCUUCGAGCAGAGCGCGCGGUGGAAGCUGCCGUGCAGGUGUUUGUCGGCUCAGCCACAGCUGGCGCAGCCGGUGCCCUUGACUGGGACACGGUGACAGCAGUAUACCAGCUGCCCCCGGCCCUGGCCGACAACCCAGUGCUCAAGCCGCUCUUUGAGUACGCCGCUGCAGCAUUGCAGGAGCGGCUGGGCGAUCUGGACGCCACCUUGCUCAACGGGGAACGCCGAGCGCAGCUGCUGGCGCUGCCCUUUGCGGCCAUGCGGCAGCUGCUCAGCGAUGACCGCACGUGUGUGAGCAGCGAGAACACAGUGGUGUACACGAUUGCGGCCUGGAUCAAGAAGAACGCCAGCAGCGCAGAGCAGCGCGCAGAGCUGGCGCAGUGCGUGCGGGCGCCGCUGCUGACGCCGCUGUACAGCGCGGCCGUCGCUGCGCAGCUGCUGACCAGCUGGUCGCCGGCCAUCAGCCCUGCUGACAUGCACUACGCGCUGGUUUUUGCAGGGCUGUCAGAGGCAGUUCUGGAGGCGGCAACGGGUGACAAAGGCGUUGAUUUCUGCGCUUAUCUGAGGGUGCACCGGCCUGCCGGCGUUGCCGUUGGUGCCGCAGCUGUCUCUGUGUCUGCCAAGUUUGAGGCAGGCGGGUCUGUGAUGCCCGUCAUAUCAAGAUCAUGCGUGAUGGCAACGCGAGUUGGCCACGGCUGGGGCUACUCUGACGUGUUUAAGCUGGGGGAGAUCUCGGAGUGGGACGAGGUGAUGUGGCGCAACAAGGCCCUGGUGGGGCAGGACGGCACAGUCCUGGUGCGCUUCACCAUCAAGGACGUGAAGUGA